AUGGCAUAUAGUGACCCUUCCAGUAGCGAUCACGAGGGGACGAGUGAUUAUCGAAGACCACUGCAGAAGGCAAAUGUUGCUACUAUUUCUGUUAACUUAAGUUCAGUGUUGAUCCUUAAUGGUACAAAUUUUAAGGAUUGGAAGGAGAACAUUCUUAUUGUUCUUGGUUGCAUGGAUUUAGAUCUUGCGCUUAGGACAGAGCAACUCACUGCUCCUAUAGAUACUAGUUUCUCUGAACAGAGAGCUAAAAAUGAGAAGUGGGAUCGCUCUAACCGCAUAAGUCUUAUGAUCAUCAAGCGUGGCAUACCUAAGGCUUUUAGAAGCGCGGUGUCUAAUAGUGUCACCAAAACUAAGGAAUAUCUCGAUGAAAUUGAAAAGCGCUUUUCCAAAAGCGAUAAGGCAGAAACAAGCACAAUUCUAAAGAGCUUGAUUUCCAUAAAAUAUAAAGGAAAAGGAAAUGUUCGAAAAUAUAUCAUGGAAAUGUCCAACCUUGCAUCAAAGUUGAAAGCACUUAAUCUUGAAUUGUUAGAUGUCAUGCUUGUGUAUUUAAUGCUUAUAUCUCUUCCGAACCAGUUCAACCAGUUUCAGAUCAAUUAUAACUGUCAAAGGGAGAAAUAG